AAACAUCUUUGAUAUGCCAAUCACGAGGUACAAGACAAGUGUCCCAAUUCCAUCCAAAAUUCCAAAACAAUCCACUACUCUUCUCUCUCCCACGCAGCCAAAGCUUCCAAAUUUCAACUCAAACAAUGAGGAAAAAAAGAAAAACGAGUUAACUAAGUAAAAUAUAAUUUUGAUUAGGAUUAAAUUACAAAGAUAUAUUAUACGGAGUCCUGUAAAGUAAAAAAGCAAAAUUGAAAAAGAAAAGAAAAAGGAUGCCUCUGCAAACAGUGUCCACCACUAUUGGAUACCCCUCCUUUGUUGUCUUUUUCCCCCCACUUACCCAACUUUUUCUACUUUCCCAACACAUUUUUUUCUCCAUCCCAAGCUUUGGAUUUUCCCUCAUACCAUUCCCAUUUCUGUUUCUUUCUUCUUGUUCUUCAAUCUGCUCUCAAAAUUCCUUCUUUUGUUCCACUUUUUCUCCCUUGCGAGCUCAGUUUCUUGCACAGUUGUUCUGCUCCGUCCUAGUUUUGUUUGCUUUUGAAAUCUUGAAAGGAGCAUGUAGAGGGAGGAUACAAUCAAGAUUGCAUUUUUUGGUCUUUAUCUCCUCACCCAUCUCAGUAUUUUUGUCUGUUGUUGAGGGAUUUCACUUUUCCUUGAUAACUUCAGUUUCUUGCAUAGUUGCUCUUCCCUGGAUUUGGUUGCUUGUGAAAUCUUGAAAGGGCAUGCUGAGCAUACAGCAAGAUUGCGUCUUUAGUCUCUAUCUCCUUACGCUUUCCAGUUUCAUGUAUGUUGGGUCUGUAAAUAUCGAGUAGUCAUAGUUGUUGAGGGAUUUCACUUUUCCUCGCCAGCUUCAGCUUCUGCUAUACUAUUUCUGGGUUAGGUUUCUUUUGAAAUCUUAAAAGGGGCAUUUUGCUGAUUUAGCAAGAUGGGGUUUGUAAUUCUUACCCAUAUCAGUUCUCUCUACUGUCUCUGUUCUGUAAAUAAUAGUUGAUAAGGGAUUUUCACUUUUUUUAAAUCUGUUUUAUACUUCUAUUUUGUGUGCAAGUAAAAAUCUUUGAUAACUGUUGAGGGUGCUCUGAUUUGUCCUCCCAAAAUGUCGCCGGAGAUGGCGGCUACGGUGGUUGAUGAUGGAGUAGAAUACUGUUUUGCUGUGGAGUACGAUGGUCCACCUAUAAACCACGAUCUUCCACGGGCAGUACCUAUCAAUGUUGAUAGGAUUCCAGUGGCCACUGUAGUUUCACAGGCAUCAUUAUCCCAUAAGUUAACUUUACCAGUUGUUCAACCUAUAUCAGCUACUGAUAUAACCAAGAGAUUUUCUAAAGAUUUGAAGCGUAGUUCGGAAUCAACUGUGUCUCCUACAUCUGUUAUAGCUUUUCAGAGGGUGGAUGAGGAUGAUUCUGCUAGUAAAGAAUUAGCUUUAGGCUCAGAGACGACGUUGUCUCCUAGCUCUGUUACUGCACUCGAAGAGAGGGUACAUAGUAAUAGGGCUUCUGGUCUUUCAGAUCAGUCCAGUAGUUCUAGCCCGUUGGAGAGGUGUAAUGGUGAUGAGAGUGUAGGUGAAUUUUCUGGUUUAAUUAAUGAAUCCACUGACUUGGCAUCUUCCUGCGUUAGCUGUGAUCAUUCGCGUGAAUUGCUGGGAAGGGUGGGGAGUUCUGGUACUUUUAGAUUUUCGAGUAGUUUUGAGAAAUCUAAAGACUUAUCAAGGAGUACACACAGUUUGAGGGCUUCAAAUGGUCGUAAAGACAGAAACUUGGAGUUCAAUGAUUUAAGCCAACCAGAUUGGGCUUCGAAUGAGUCAAUUUUGAGUGUUGAUUAUCCGUCUUCUCGUGUUUCUUCUCAUAAAUAUGGGGAUAGUUUUAAUGAACCUAGUUGUGAUGCGAAGCGAGCUCCUGUUGUGACUUUCUGUGAUAUUGAGUCAGAGGACGAGGAUAUUAAUGAAGAUGUUAGUGGUGUUGAGGCCGAGGUCGCCCGACCAAAGAAAGAACCUGCAGUUAAGGUGAAGAAAGGGGUGUGCUAUCGUUGUUGUAAGGGAAACAGGUUUACUGAAAAGGAGGUAUGUAUUGUUUGUGAUGCCAAAUAUUGCAGUAAUUGUGUGCUUAGAGCAAUGGGGUCUAUGCCAGAGGGAAGAAAGUGUGUCAGCUGCAUCAGUUACCCAAUUGAUGAAUCAAAGCGAGGCAACUUGGGGAAAUGCUCUAGGAUGCUCAAGCGACUGCUAAAUGAUUUGGAGAUUAGACAGAUAAUGAAGACGGAGAAAAUGUGUGAAGUAAAUCAGCUGCCAUCUGAAUAUAUAUGUGUGAAUGGAAGACCUCUCUCUCCAGAAGAGCUUGUUGUAUUGCAAAGCUGCAUAAAUCCACCAAAGAAGCUGAAACCAGGGAAUUAUUGGUAUGACAAAGUUUCUGGUCUCUGGGGAAGGGAAGGACAAAAACCUUCACAAAUUAUCACUCCUCAUUUAAAUGUUGGAGGUCCCAUCAAGCCAAAUGCUAGCAGUGGAAACACUCAGGUCUAUAUAAAUGGUCGUGAGAUCACCAAAUCCGAGCUACGCAUGUUACAGUUAGCAGGAGUACAAUGUGCUGGCAAUCCACAUUUUUGGGUGAAUGAGGAUGGUUCAUAUCAGGAAGAGGGGCAAAAAAAUACCAAAGGAUAUAUAUGGGGCAAGGCUGGAAUGAAGCUGGUUUGUGCUGUACUCUCUCUUCCAGUGCCUUCAAAAUCAUCUAAUACUUAUGGAGAGCAAGUUAAUAGUGUGCUUAGUCAAGUGGUACCUGAUUAUCUUGAACAGAGGGCACUUAACAAGCUACUUUUGAUUGGAUAUAGUGGAUCUGGUACUAGCACCAUAUAUAAGCAGGCAAAAAUUCUUUACAAGGAUGUUCCUUUCUCGGAGGAUGAGAGAGAACAUAUCAAAUUGUUGAUCCAAAGUAAUGUGUAUGGGUACAUUGGUGUGCUACUUGAGGGUCGUGAGCGCUUUGAAGAAGAGAGUUUGUAUGAAUUGGGCGGGGAAUCUUGCUACUCUGGGAUGACAGGUGAUAGCACUGGGAUUGAAAAGAAAACAUUAUAUUCCAUACCUCCGAGACUGAAAGCAUUUUCAGAUUGGCUUCUCAAAAUAAUGGCCAUGGGUAAUCUAGAAGCCGUUUUCCCAGCUGCAACACGGGAAUAUGCUCCAUUAAUUGAGGAGUUGUGGAAUGAUACAGCCAUUCAGGCAACUUAUAAGCGAAGAAGUGAACUGGAAAUGCUUCAUGACAUGUCUUAUUAUUUCUUAGAGCGGGCCGUUGAUAUUUUGAAAACCGAUUAUGAACCUUCAGAUGUGGAUAUUUUAUAUGCUGAGGGUGUUACUUCUUCCAACGGACUUUCAUGUGUGGAUUUCUCCUUCCCAGAUUCAGAAGAUUAUGAUAAUCUUGACAGCAGCGAUCACCCUAAUUCUGCACUCAGAUUUCAGCUGAUUAGAGUACAGGCAAGAGGGUUCAUUGAAAAUUGCAAGUGGAUUGAGAUGUUUGAAGACGUUCGAGUAGUUAUUUUCUGUGUUGCCUUGAGUGAUUAUGACGAAUAUGUUGUUGAUGAAACUGGGGAGAAAGUGAACAAGAUGUUAUUAACCAAAAAACUUUUCGAGAGCAUCGUGACUCAUCCAACCUUUGAUCAGAUGGACUUUCUCGUCUUAUUAAACAAGUUUGAUUCGUUUGAGGACAAGUUGGAACGUGUUGCUUUGACCAAAUGUGAAUGGUUUGACGAUUUUCAUCCGAUUGUAAGUCGUCAUCGCCCCAACAGCAACUCCAGCAGCAUCAACCAUAGCCCCUCCGUGGGCCAGUUGGCAUUUCAUCAUGUUGCAGUAAAAUUCAAGAGGCUCUUUUCUUCUCUCACUAACAGGAAGCUGUAUGUUUCACUAGUAAAAGGUUUAGAGCCAAAAACGGUGGAUGAAUCGCUCAAGUAUGCAAGGGAGAUAAUCAAGUGGGAUGAAGAGCGGUUAAACUUCAGCUUGAGUGAGUACUCAUUUUAUAGCACUGAUGCAAGUUCCUUCUCACCUUGAACGCACAAGAGCUUCAACGAAUUCUUUUUGAAAGAAAAGUUAUGUCCAUAAGAGAGCUGUUACUGUAGAUAUUGUGAUGGUAAAAGAAGAAAACAAAUGCCCAGAUGAUCGAAGUGCUUUGCCUAGGACUCUUGGGUAUACAUGUAUAGACUUACAGUUGAGUCAAAUCCCACACAAGAUGGAAAAUUCUCAAGGACUGAAAGAUGUUUGCCGGUGAAUGAGUAAAAUGACUUAUUUUUUACAGAAUAGGCUUGUAAAUGGCUAAUCUGGUAGGAUCUUUUGUACAAUUAAAGAACAGGAAAUAUAUAGCUUUUGCUUUUGCAAUUUUUUGUUA